AUGGCUACAAUAUGCCAAAAGAAGGAAGCCUUGCCAUGCAUCCUCAGCCUUGGUUUUCCUCCUUUUUCAACGUGUAUUUUGAAAAACUUUGACAUUUACUCAGCCUUGACAUCCACUGGCGAAAGUGACUCAUUGGAAAAAUCACUCAAGUAUCACUUUAUCAUUGACAAACUGUUAACAGAAAUGUUACCAUGUUGAAAUUUACUUGAUGCCAUCUCCAUAUAUUUUUUUGUCUACACGCCAAUUGCACAUCUCCCAUAAUGCACCUUAUUUGCCGCCCCCCCCCCCCUCUCCCCCACAAAUUGGUAUAAGCA